UUAGUGUCUCAGGGGGAUGUUUGGAUGUUGUCUCUCUACGUUUGGAGUUAUUGAUCAGUUGGAAGAAGUUCAUUCUCGAGCAAAAUCUGUAGAAAAUUGCUUUUUUUAAGGGGAACUUUAAAACAUGGCAGAAGAUACCUGACAUCCAGCUAGACAGCACCAGUUCCUCCAUAGACCUGGAAUCUGAACUUGUUCCUCUGGGAAUGCUCAACUGAUGUCAGAAGUGGAACAGUGGCGCAUCAGAAGAUGACAGCCUUUUCAUGAUGCCCAGCAACUUUGGGGGUUUGCCAUGGAAGAUGAGUCUUAUCCAGAAUGCCGAGCCCAGGAGCUUUUUGAUGAGUUUGUGGCUGCAUCAACCUGCAGAGCAGCACUGCGCUGCUUUAGCCAGCUGUGUGAACACCUACAGCUGGAUCGCAUUACCACCGAAAAGCCUCUCUACCAACCAAUCAAACGGCGGCUCAACUACUGGAAGGCCAAUGCUCUGUGGGCCAAACUGGACCGGAGGGCAGCCCAGCCGGAGUACCAAAAUGGCCGGGUCUGCAGCAACAUGACAUGUGUAAUCAUUGGGGCCGGGCCCUGUGGUCUGAGGACAGCAGUGGAGCUGUGCUUCAUGGGAGCCCGGGUCGUGGUCCUUGAGAAAAGGGACUCAUUUUCUAGGAACAACGUUCUCCACCUUUGGCCGUUCACUAUCUAUGAUCUGCGGGGCCUUGGGGCCAAAAAGUUCUAUGGAAAGUUCUGUGCCAGUUCUAUCGACCACAUCAGUAUCCGCCAGCUGCAGUUGGUUUUGCUGAAGGUUGCCUUGCUUCUUGGGGCGGAAGUGCAUGUCAGUGUGGAGUUUAAACAGCUGGUGGAGCCACCAGAGGACCAGCACAAAAAAAAGGAGGGCUGGAGGAUGGAGGUGAGUCCAAAGUCCCACCCAGUCAGUCAGCUGGAGUUUGACGUCAUCAUUGGAGCAGAUGGACGCAGAAACACAUUGCCAGGUUUCAAGCGGAAAGAGUUUAGGGGGAAGCUGGCCAUCGCCAUCACAGCCAACUUUAAAAACAGAAACACCUCAGCAGAGGCCAAAGUGGAGGAGAUCAGCGGAGUGGCGUUCAUCUUCAACCAGAGGUUCUUUCAAGAGCUGCGGCAGGAAACUGGUAUUGACCUGGAAAACAUUGUGUACUACAAGGAUGACACUCAUUACUUUGUUAUGACUGCAAAGAAGCAGAGUCUGUUGGACAAAGGAGUCAUUUUACAGGACUUUGCAGACACUGCACAGCUUCUUUCUCGAGGGAAUGUGGACCAGGAAGCUUUGCAGUCAUAUGCCCGUGAGGCCGCAGACUUUUCCACCAACCACCAACUGCCAAUUUUGGACUUCGCCAUGAACCAUUAUGGUCAGCCGGACGUUGCCAUGUUUGACUUUACUUGCAUGUACGCUUCGGAAAACGCCGCCAUGAUUCGCCAACGCCACGGCCACCAGUUGUUGGUUACACUGGUUGGAGACAGUCUGAUGGAGCCCUUUUGGCCGAUGGGGACGGGUGUAGCUCGGGGGUUCCUAGCAGCUCUGGAUUCAGCUUGGAUGAUAAGAAGUUGGGCACAGGGUACAGAUCCUCUUGAUGUCCUGGCUGAAAGGGAGAGUUUGUACCGUCUGCUCCCUCAGACAACUCCAGAGAACAUGCAGAAGAGCAUCAAUCUGUUCACAGUAGACCCAGUGACAAGAUACAUAAACAUAAGCCCACUGACAGUCACACCUGCUCAGGUGAGACACCUGGUAAACACAGGCAACGAGGUGGGGCUAAACACGAGUGAAAGUGAGAUUACCCGGCUGCCUUCCCCCAGACUUUUAAGACAAGAUUCCUUCUCUCAGUCCAAUCACCUGUUGACUUGGUGUCAGCAGCAGACUCACGGUUACAGAGGGGUCACCGUUUGUGACCUGACUACUUCCUGGAAGAGUGGCCUUGCCCUGUGUGCUCUUAUCCAUCGGUGCCGACCAGAUCUGAUAGACUACGACCGUUUGGACGAGUCAUCAGUGGAGGAAAACAUCCAACUUGCGUUUGACGUGGCCGAGCAAGAGUUUGGGAUUUCUCCUCUGAUGACGGUGGAAGAAAUGUCGUCUGUUGGAGAACCAGACUCUCUUUCUAUGGUGAUGUACCUGAGUCAGCUCUACCAGGUGUAUAAAGAAUCGCUGCGCCCUGCUGGCUCUCUGAGUCAGAAUGCUGAUCUGAGAGCAGCUCUCAUCACUCCAGCUUCCCUCCUCAGCAGACUGGGAACCAGUUCUUCCAGGAAGAGAAACCCAAAGGAGCGUGGCGAUGCUCUGGGCAAAAGGAGGAAAUCGAGUCAGGAAAGUGGAGAAAUUGAGGAGUCGUCUGACUUUAACUGUGACUUUGAGGAGAACUUUGUGGGCGGUACCAGUCGCUCCAGAGUUCGUCUGAUGGCCAAUCAGCUGCAGGCAAAGCUGGACGAGAGCUCUGGCUCUUGCAUGACUUCCUCCUCGUCUUCUGCUUCAGCUCUACGUCAGCAGAAGAAACGGACCCUUCAGCAGGAGCAGAUGAGUUUUCGCUUCAAAGAGAGGAUCAAGUCUCACUGUGCCGCCAACAGGGACGAGCAGCGUCCCUGUAGCGCCUCGGAGCUGCAUGUGAUCGAUAACGAGCUGCACCUCUGUCUUCGGAUGUACACCGGUGGAGUGAGCUCAUUGGCGGAGCAGCUUAACCGCCGUAUUCAGCAGCAGAGCAGCUUGGUCCCCGUCGGCAGUGACGUCUGUUUCUUCUGUAAGCAGAAGGUUUAUGUGAUGGAGCGUCUGAGCGCCGAGGGGCUGUUCUUCCACCGCAGCUGUUUUCGUUGCGCCUCCUGCAGCGCCCCCCUCAGGCUGGUUUCCUACACCUACGACCAGGACAGCGGGAGCUUUCACUGUCUGCAGCAUCCUGACUGUCAGCUGGGGGCUCCCACCCCAAGGAAGAGGCUGACUCCCUCUGCGUCGCUUGGAACAUCAACGCCGUCGCUGUCUUCAGCUCCGUCCCUCUCCGACUCCCUGAGCGAACGCCGUCGUUCUUCAGCUGCUUCUGUGAUGGCGGCGACGCCCGAGAGGAUCGAGCUGGAAAACUGCAGGGAGGAGCCUGAGGAGGUUUCUGAGGAGGUUCUGAACCGGUUUAACCUGGACGUGGAUGGAGGGGUUCAUGUCAGUUCAGAGGAAGAGGAGGGUGGAGAAGGGCCGGGCUGCGUUUCCUCACAGGAGGCGACAGCUCCGUGGAGAGAUCCUCCGCUCCCCCGGAAAAGUGAGGAGCCAAAGGAGGUGGAGGAAGAGGAGGGAGAGGAAGGCAGCACUGAAGACGAGUCCAGCGACGAGGGGGAGUACAGCCCGUGGGAGACGGAGCGUCGCUCGGGUCUGUGGCUCCUGUUAGAGGAGGAAACAGAGGAGGAGUCUGUGUCUCUUGCCUCAGACACACCUGUGCAACGUGGCUCCGCCUCCACCCCACAGCCCUGCAUCUCCUCCCCUUCACUCCCCCCUGGGACGCCCUGCAUCGCUUCCUUCGCCACAUCAGAUGACUCCACUCCUGAUUCAGACGUCGCCAGAACGCCUCUUUCCCCUGUCGUUAUCAUGGAGGCGACAGCACAGAAACGACCUACAGCAAGGGGACGGAGCUCGUUUGAUGACAUCACACCUGAACUGCCACAGAAGAAGCCCCUGCUCCAGCAAGAGGAAGAGGAGGUGUCAGAUAGCAUGAGGAGGAGACAGAGGCACAGAGAAGCUCAGAGUCUUCCCUCCAGCCUCCUACCACCAGGUGGAGCCCUCCUCCUCCACAUCAAAGAGAAGCUCAGAGAGGCUCCUCCCCCUAGGCAGGUGGAGGUCAGUGGAGGCGGAGCCAGAGGCCUGUUGAAGUCGGUGCUUCCUGGAAACAUGAAGGACCAGAAAAGAAGGGGCGGGACUUUACCUGCAGAGAGACCAAGGAGGCCUCCAGCCAAUCAGAGGAGAGUCACAGUUGCAGGGGAGGAGUCGGAUCUGGUGUCGUCAACUCUGCUGCAGAGAUGCUCGCAAAAACCCAGGAACAAUCUGCAGGUGGAGUUGUUUGGCCUCGUGUCUGAACUUGAUAAAGUUACCGUGGAGGAAGAUGAGGAGGAAGAGGACCAGCAGCAGGUCUACGUUCCUCGGGCUCUGGCGUUUAGACGAUCAUAUGGAGUCAAGAGGAAACCCCAGAGGGAGCGAGUCCAGGACUCUGACGGACAGUCCUCGUGCCCCACAGAGGUGGUGGGAGUCCUCACCCGACCCAAGGAACCGUCCAGUUUGAGCACGAAGGAGUCCAUGUUCCAGAAGGACCAAGAGGACAAAGAUGAAGACCUGGACACUAAAAUCACUCGACGGGUUCAGAGAGCCGCCAGGAGGCAGGCCAAGAAGGAGCAGCUGAAGAGGCUGCACAAGGCUCAGAUGAUCCAGAGGCAGCUGCAGCAGGUGGAGGUGAAGCAGAGGGAGCUGGAGGAGAGAGGAGUGAUGGUGGAGAAAGCUCUGAGAGGAGAAGCAGACUACUGGGAGGAUUCCAGCUGUGGCCCAGACAUGGAGCUUCACCUGGGAGGACUGGGUAAACUGGAUAAUCUGGCUCUGAUGCAGCAGUGGUUCCAGCUGGUCCAGCAGAAGAACUCCCUGGUCCGAUACGAAUCUGAACUCAUGAUAUUCGCUCGGGAGCUGCAGCUGGAGGACAGACAGAGCCGCCUGCAGCAGGAGCUCAGGGAGAGGAUGGCUGUGGAUGAUCACCUGAAGGAUGAGGAGCAGCUGGCUGAGGAGCGGCUGAUCUUGGAGGAGAUGCUGGAGGUGGUGGAACAGAGAGACGCUCUGGUGUCUCUGCUGGAGGAGCAGCGGCUGCUGGAGAGGCAGGAGGACCAGGACCUGGAGCAGGUUCUGGUAGCAGGAGGACUGGGACUCAGCUGGACCUGAGGAAACUGGAUCCGGCUGGAAUUCAGAUGAUCACGCAGAAGCAGAAACUGAAUCCAGUCGGACCUGAACUGGACUUGAUGAGGCUGCUGGUUGUGGCUAAAAGUGCGAACGUUUUUGUCUCUGCUGCUGUUUGCUGAAUAUUUCAUGUUUGGGUGAAGGACUCAAAGCAGGUG